AUGGACUCGGUCAUUAUUUCCACCCCAGCGAAUAUCAACCGAAGAGACCGACCGAUCGAUCAAUUGAUGAAAGAGGACAUAGAUGUGGAUAUCGAGACAGUCGUUGAAACUCAUAUUACAAGACCAAUUGAGACGGUAGAACAGGAGCCAAGUCCGCCUCUGGAGAUACCAACGCGGCAUAAGAAGGAAACCACAAAAGCAGUGACCUUUCAAAGCCAUCGACAGGGGCAUGAAAGCGGGGAUUCCAUGUCAUUACUCCGGAAGCUUGCAAGGGCCACAAGCACCUCACCAAGUCCCAAGGCAGAAGCAAAGAAGCGGGACAUGGCGACAGAAGAUCGGGAAAAUGCGCAACCUCCCCAUGACGGUAUCCCCAAAGCCAAGUCAUUGCGAAAUCCUCGGAGAGUCAUUAGCGAACCACCGCACCCAAAGUCAGCGCUCGAAGCGAUUGUAAACGAAGCCAAAGAGAAUCACGAUCCUCAGUACGGCGAUAAUACGAUCGCGUCCCUGGAAGACAUUAUCAGCCCAAACUUGGAAGCAACGAAUUCGACUCUGAACAACACCCCUGACGCAUCGAAGAAGGAGGAAAAGCCCUAUCGACGACCUUCGAGACUGGCUGAGAGUGUGAGAACCGAGGGUGCUUCCGAAAAGCAGGGAAGAAGCCAUGACACGGAUGAGAGCUUAACGCAAGCACAGAAAGAGCGCCAGCAAGAGGAAGUUGCCUGGGAGGCGCUUAACAAGCGCCUGAACACUGCGCACAGUACUCUCUCAGACGCAAAUCGCGGCCUGCGCCGGAUCGAAAACAGGAUUGAAGGUGUCGAGGCUGUUGACUCGGCAGGCCUCAAGGCCGUCACCUCAGAUGAUAAAGGCACUGCGGGCUCCAAAGCUCCGGCAUCCAAGACUAUAACAGGCCAACGACCGCAAUCCAAACCCGAAGGUCAACCCGAAGUUCCCAAAGCCCACGUCUCAGCGCCGACCACCAUCACCACCACCUCCACAGUCAUGAAACAACCGGAGGUGCACGUCUGCGCACGCUGCGGCGGACCAUCCCUCUGGCAAGGUCUCUGGGCGGAAAUGUGCAGCAACUUCUACUGGUACAACGCGGAUAAAGGAUACCGCUUGACAUGGCUUGGAUGGGUCCUGUUCCUCUGGCUCGCUUGGCUUACGGCGGAAUUGUCGCUGCAUGACAUGUAUGCGGACUAUAUCCACGGACCCAUCUUCCCGUUCAUUACGUUCAAUGUCACUGUUAGGAGUGUGCUGAGUUUGUUUGGGAGGGGAUGGUGA